AUGACUUUAGGAGAUUAUGUUGUCCCUUUGGUCACUGGAGCUACUUCUAGCAUUAGACGACCUAUCAUUAAAGCCAAUAACUUUGAGAUAAAUCCAGCUAUUCUUCAAUGGUGGCUUCAACAAUGCAAUUUAGUGGCAUGCCACGUGAUGAUCCAAACUACAUGGGAUGAUUUGGCCAAAAAGUUUCUAGCAAAGUUCUUUCCCCCAGCCAAAAUCGUGAAGAUGCGAAAUGAUAUCAUCACUUUUGUCCAAUUUGAUAUGGAGUCGCUUUAUGAAGCUUGGGAGAGGUAUAAAGAAUUGCUUAGAAAGUGCCUACAUCAUGGACUUCCUGUUUGGAUUCAAGUGCAAACCUUCUACAAUGGUUUGCAACCUACAAUACGUACAAUGAUUGAUGCAGAAGUGAGAGGGACUUUGAUGAAGAAAUCACUGGAAGACGCAUAUGAGUUGGUGAAGGAGAUGGUAACCAACAAUUACCAAUGGCUAGUGGAUCGAGUGACACAAAAAAGAACCCAGGGAGUUCACGAAAUUGAUUCUUUUUAUGCUUUAACUGCUCAAAUUGCAACUUUAUCUAAGAAAUUAGACAAUAUCAAUGUGAGUUCCAUUCAAUCUACUAAUACAAUUGCAGGGAAUCAUAUGGGGGUAGAUUGUCAAAUGGGAAAUCCAUUCACCAACAAUAGUUUGGAGCAAGCAAACUUUGUGUCAAAUUACAAACGACAAAGCAAUCCUUAUUCCAAUACUUACAAUCCAGGAUGGCGAAACCACCCAAAUUUCAUAUGGAGCAACUCCCAAAAUGUUGCCAAUCCUCCACCGGGUUUUCAAAAUCAACAACAAGAGAAGAAGCCGAAUAAGGAAGAGGUAAUGGCACAAUUUAUGGCCAAGGUGGAUGCUAGAUUUCAAGAUCAUGACAUUGCUCUAAAGAACAAUGAGAACACUAUGCGGAGCAUUGAAAGGACAAUUGGUCAACUGGCAAAAUUAAUGUCCAAAAAGCCUCGACGAUCACUUCCAAGCACCAUGGAAAACAACCUGAAAGAGCAAGUGAAUGCCAUUACUUUAAGAAGUGGAAGGGAGCUUAAUGUACAAGAGGAAGAGAAAAAUUCUAGAAAAAAGGAGCUAACUAUGAGAGUUGUGGUGCCCACAUCCAAGGCUAUGGUGCCCACCCCUGUUCUGAGCCCAACAAUGAAAAACUUGGAAAAGACUUCAGAAAAAUAA